AUGCAGAACAGAUCGCUAGGCAGCAAGAUUUAUCACUGUCUCCGAAGGAGAUGUGCCCGGCGGAACAGGGGCUACAGUGAUGAGAUCUCACACCACCCAGGACACUGCAGUAGCAGCCUCCAGGGACAUGGCUCCAUCUUCUGUGGUGGGGAAGGCUCAGUCAUCUACAGCAGGGGACCUUCAUCCUGCCCGUUCAUGCCAACAUCUUCCACCUACAGCAUUGGAGGGGGAUACAGAUGUGGCGGUGAGGGAUCUGUUGCGAUAAGCUGUGGUGACAGUGGGGAGACAUCUGGCCGGGGCAUUGCAGGGGGGACAGUCCCAGUCUAUGGCACUGGGGGCAGAAUAGGGUGCGGCUCUGAGGGCUCAGGCUGGAACAUCAUUGAUAGCUGCGGGGAUGGUGGACCCAGCGGCCACAGUGGGAAAUUGAGCAUCACUGAGGGAGGAGGCUCUGGAUACGGAUAUGAUGUGUCACCUAGAGAAAAGGCCUUAACAACAUACGGGGGCAGUGGUGGGUCAGGCUACUAUAGUGGAGGAUCAGGCUAUGACAUUGGGGGAUGCGCAAGCCAAGAGCUCAGCUCUGGAGGCGGUGGGUCCUCCCAGGCCAUGCAGCAGAAGUGCCCCGUGGUGGUCCCCAACAUAGAGGCUCACCAGAGCAAGAAGACCAACCACUGGCCCCCCAGCCAGAAGAAGUGA